CAUUCUCCCACACCCACAUAUACAACAAAAAAUCAUUCCAUUCCAUUCCAUUCCAUUACAUUACAUUACAUUCGAGUGUUGAAAAAGUAGGCAUACAACUUCAAUGGCGUCAAAGCAACAGCAACGGGAGGAUCGAGCCGAGGCAGCUGCAAAACAAGCUGCCAAAGACCUGGAGCAAGCCAACAGAGAAAGAGACCACACUACAAGCUCCGUGGACCAGCACCACCAUGACCUCGAUGAACAAAAGCGCGGCGUAAUCGGGUCCAUGCUAAGAGCGGUGCAAGGCACCUACGAGAACGCCAAGGAAGCCGUGGUUGGUAAGAGAGACCCCUACACCACAGAGGUAAUCCACGAUGUCACCAUCCAACCCGACCAUGACGUGGCAACCGGAGAAGUCAGAGACAUUUCAGCCACCAAGUCCCCCGGAAUCUACGACUCUUCUGCCACUGACAAGGAUCCUGCUUCUCAGAAGGCAAAGGAAACCAAAGAUGCAACCAAGCAGAAAGCUAAGGAAACCAAAGAUGCAACGGCGCAGAAAGCUGGAGAGUACACAGACUAUGCUUCUCAGAAGGCAAAGGAAACCAAAGAUGCAACGGCACAGAAAGCUGGAGAGUACACAGAUUAUGCUUCACAGAAGGCCAAGGAAGCGAAAGAUGCAACGGCGCAGAAAGCUGGAGAGUACACAGACUAUGCUUCUCAGAAGGCAAAGGAAACCAAAGAUGCAACGGCGCAGAAAGCUGGAGAGUACACAGACUAUGCUUCUCAGAAGGCGAAGGAAACGAAAGAUGCAACGGCGCAGAAGGCUGGAGAGUAUUCAGAUUAUGCUUCUCAGAAGGCGAAGGAGGCGAAGGAUAAGACCAUGGAGAAGGGUGCAGAGUAUAAGGACUAUGCUGCUGAGAAGGCUAAAGAAGGGAAAGACAGCACUAUGGGGAAGCUUGGGGAGCUGAAGGAAUCUGCUACGGAAGCGGCUAAGAGGGCUGUGGAUUACUUGAGUGGGAAGAAAGAGGAAACCAAGGAGAAGGCGGCGGAGGCCACGGAGGCCGCCAAGGAUCGAACCGCCACGGCGACGGAGGCGGCGAAGAAUAAAGCUGUGGAGAUGAAGGACAAGGCUGCGGAUACUGCUGAGGCAGCGAAGAACAAGGCUGCGGAGACAGCUGAGGCAACAAAGAACAAGGCUGCAGAGAAAAAUGAGGAAGCGAAGAACAAGAGAGCUGAAACUGCCGAGGCAACAAAGAACAAGACUGCGGAGACUACUGAGGCAGCCAAGAAUAAGGCUAUAGGGAUGAAGGAUGCAGCUAAGAACAAGGCCUCAGAAACUGCUGAGGCAGCAAAACAGAAGACUGCAGAGGCAAAGGCAAAUGAUAAGGCCAAGGAAAAUGUGAGAGGUGCAGAUGAAGGUGCUAGGAGGAAGAUGGAGGAUCUGAGGCUGGGAGGUGAAGCCAAGGGGCGUGGGGACAACGUGGUGGUGAAAGUGGAAGAGAGUCGACCAGGGGCGGCGGCGGAGACACUUAAAGCGGCGGAUCAGAUUGCGGGACAGACCUUCAACGAUGUGGGACGCAUGGAUCAAGAGGGGGUCGCCAAAGUUGAGCGCCGUAACAAAUGAAAUUAAUGUGUCCUAUUAAUGUUCAAUAGUGCUAUUUGUGUAAUAUGUACGUGAAGUUUGUGUAGUGUAUUUGGAGUAUAUGUUUUUGUUGCUUGUUUUCGGAGGGACCACUAUACCUUCUGCUUGUCUCUUCAAAAUGUGUUUGUACGGUCUUCAACAUUGGUUCUCGGAACCAUUACAUUAAUAAAAACAUCGUGCGCGUUCUUGUAUAA